UCUUAACAUGACUUUGUGUCAUACGUAACUACGGAUUUGAAUUAAAUGCGAAAAUUAAACCAGAAAUUUUCACAUUGGCGAUGAUAUAAUACUUAAGUGAAAUAGAGAAGCAUUAUCGUUACAGCUGUUGACGCUUUAAAAGUCACAUAUUUUAUAUAUAGCUUUUAAAAGGUAAACAUGCGUCGAGCACGUAUUAAAGCUUUGGCCAGUGUGCCAAUUCGAAAGAACCCUGUACAAGAUACAGCAGCUCCUGCUGAUGGAAGUGAGCUGUUUGAUAAAGAACAAAAAAAGGAAGAUGCAUCUAAGCCAGAGUAUGAACCAGAAGUUAUCAAAGAUGUCGCGGAAGUAAAGAAACAGACAGAAGAAAGUAUAUCUUCUGAUACUGAAGUGUUGGAACAAAAAGUCAUUAAAGAAAAUGCAAAGAUAUUAGAAGAGACUAGUAAGAAAGAACAAAUAAAACCUAGUUUUGUAGAGCCAGAACCAAUCGUAGUUAAAAAAUCAGAUUCUCAAGAAUCAUGUUCUCAAAAAAAACCAAAUUCUCAAGAACUAUGUGCUCAAAUAAAACCAAGUUCUCAAGAAUUAUGUGCUCAAGUAAAACCAGAUUCUCAAGAAUUAUCCAAUCAAAUAAAUGACAAGCCUGAAAAAUCUAUUGAUCAUUUGGUUCAGAAGACUGUCCCACUGCCAGAUACACCAUCGACAGGAAUAGAUAUAACUUCUCCUACAAAAAAUCGUCUAUGUUUUAUGAGACCUGUACCAAGAUUAGACACUGGUGGUAGAGUAAGAAAGAAUAGCAUACAAGGAAGUGGUGCAAGUGCGAGCGAAUCCGAGGAUGAGCAUGGCAAAAGAACAGUAUCCGUUGUGCCGAGUCGCAUACGGAAUGAUUCUAUUUGUUCCAUACAGAGCAAUAAGGAAAGUAGUACUGCUGACAAUCAAAAUAUCUAUCCGAAAAUUAAAGCGAUGCAGAAGAGACGCAUGCAAAUUUCGGAAUCGGCGAGAAAGCUAGCCGAAGCGAGAAGGGAAUUCUUAUUGAAACAUGAAAAUAAAACGCCCGAUAAAAGUCAGAUGAAAAUGUAUGAUUUUAUAUAUUAUAAUCCUGUAACGAAUCCUAUGAAAUCGAAAGAUCAACAAAGAAUAAUUGCAGCACAACCGAUAGAAAUGCAGGAAGAAGAAGAACAGGAAGAUGAUCCGAUGAGAAAGAUUCCUGCGCCGCAAGUGAAAGUCGGUCCUGAUGGUCAGUUGAUAAUAGACGAACAGAGUACAACGAUACAACACACAGAUGCAAAAAGAGUUAGAGAAAUAAUGUCGAAAGAUAUUAUUAUUGAAGAGGGUGUUUGCAAUAAUGGUGGUUUCUAUACGAAGCAUAAGAGAAGCAAGGAUUGGCCAAAAUGGGAAACGCUUAAAUUUUAUAGAGUCUUGAACGUAGUUGGUACAGAUUUUCUUUUGAUGCAGACUCUAUUUCCAAAUAGGACUAGACAAGAAAUUAAACAAAAGUACAAGAAAGAAGAAAGAGUUAAUCGCCCGUUGAUCGAAAAAGCUCUGAAAUAUCAUCAAGAGUUUGACACUGAAAUGUUAGAGGAACAAUUAGCAAUGUUACAAAAACUAGAAAAUAUUCAAAACACACCUGAAAAAAAUGAAAAAACAACGGAAAAAGUUAAAAAUGGUCAAAAUAUAACUAAGGCAGCGAAAAAACGCAAGCAUCGAUUGGUGGCGAAAAGUAUUGGGGAGUGUGAAGCAUUCUUAACGUCGAAUGCUAUUAAUGAUGAAGAAGCUGAAGAUGCAAUGAUAUCGACAAGUGAUGAAAUUGAUGUUGAAAUAAAUAGCGAAAUGGGUGACACUCAUCAAAUAAGAAAGGGAAGCAAAAUGCGAAAAAGACGAUUGGAUGAUAAAUCUGAUGAUUCUGAUGAUAACAGCGCAAGCGAUUUCAAUAGCGAUUCGGAUAGUUCUCCAGAGAUUUAUCGAAUCCGGCCGACUAGAUCUGGUAGACAACCGAAGAAGUUAAAAAAGUUGCAAGCGCCCGAUGUCAAUAAACUUAAUACGCCUAAUAUUAAUACGGAAUCUGACAGUGACGCUGAAAACAAAUCGUCAAUAGUUGAUAACGAGGUGAUACCAUCACAUGUAGCCGUUGAAGUUACAGAGGUUGCAAAUACUUCAAAUGAGGGCGGCGAAAGCGCAGAAACAUCAUGUCCUGAAAAUAUUACGAGCGUAAUACCAAAUAUAAAUCAAAUGGAACCAGGAUCUUUGGUAAUCGUAUCGAAGGAAUCUGCAGAAGAACCUGGAAACACUAUUUUGCAAGUUUAUAUGGUUAGUUCCAAUGUUGAUAACACAUCGACCGAAGAUUCUACGGACCAGAAGAAUCUAUUGAAACCUUUAACGACAGUAACUAGUGAGUCAGAAACGGUUAAACAGAUGACUGAAUUUAAUGAAUUUAUGGCAGAUCAGCAGAAUCUAUCGGAACAUUUAACGAAAGUUAAACCGGAAAUUGCUAAACCGACGAAAUCUGAAAUUGAUGAAAAUUUUGAAAAAUGAUCUUUUGCAUUUAUACUUAGUUAUAUAAUUCAAUUUUAGAUAGCAUUAAAAAAUAACACGUAUCUUCAAUUUGUUGGGAUUGAAUAUUAAUUUAUAUAUAGAU